UAUCGUGUCAUUUCCUGAAUUAGUUUAGAAGUACAAUUGUAUGUCAAGUCGCAUGAGUCCGCAGCUCGUGUAUUUUUAGUCGACUCUUCCACUUGGAAGAACUACAGGUUGACUGCUUGCAAAGUUAUUACCAGUAGCCAGCAAUGAGUUUGAACGAGCAUUCUUUGCAAGCUCUGUCUUGGAGAAAACUUUACUUGAGUCGAGCAAAGCUGAAGGCUACGAGCAGAACUUCAGCUCUCCUGUCGGGUUUCGCAAUGGUGGCUAUGGUGGAGGUGCAGCUGGAAGAAGAUCAUGUGUAUCCCAAAGGGCUGCUGAUAGCCUUCAGCGCCUGCACCACUGUCCUUGUGGCAGUGCACCUUUUCGCCCUGAUGAUCAGCACCUGCAUCCUGCCAAACCUGGAGGCCGUCAGCAACGUUCACAACUUGAACUCGAUCAACGAGUCGCCCCAUGAGCGCAUGCACUGCUACAUUGAGCUGGCCUGGGCCUUCUCCACUGUCAUCGGCACCCUUCUCUUCCUGGCUGAGGUGGUUCUGCUGUGCUGGGUCAAGUUCCUGCCCCUCAGUCCCUCAACCGUUAAAAAUAGCACCGACAAUUAUGGAAGGGAGGCAGCCAUUGUCUCCACCUCCAUUAUGGUGCCGUUUGGACUGGUUUUUAUUGUGUUCGCUGUGCACUUCUACCGCUCUCUUGUCAGUCACAAAACUGACCGUCAGUUUCAGGAGCUGGAGGAGCUGUCCAAUAUCACUCGGCUGCAGAACCAGCUGGACUACAGGGCAGAGACAACCAGUCUGCAGCCCUCCUCCGCCGACUUCCCCUAACGGGAGCACACACAAGUAGGGAGUUGGAGCAGUACACAGCUGUAAGAAAUGUAUUAUUGACUCGUUUUUUUUGUAUCUUUGCAUGAGCACCAUGAAAGGAUACUUUAUAUAGUAAUAUCAUAUUUCUUCAGAUGUUUUGUAUUGGGAUUUGGACUCUGCUCUAGGCUUUUUUCUACUUGUGUAAAUAGUUGGGGAGAGGUCAGAAGAAUUUGCUUUGUAUUGUUCACUAGUUUGGACUCAAGCCACUUUUUUUUUUAUUUUGCUGCAUGUCUAUUGUCUUCCUAAUGGCUUCAGAAACAGAUCUGAAUAGCUGAAUGUGAGUGAGCAUCUGUGUGAAAUUGGUUUUUAAAUGUUUUGUACAUCUUCAUUACAUAGAUGAUAUUUGUAGUUAUGUCACAUACACAACUACACUAAGUUCUGUCUAUGGUGGCUGGGAAACACAAAGUGUGGGAUGAACAUACUGUAAGAUAACAUUUUGUGAAGUAGUUCGAUUUUAAUUUAACAAAAUGAUAACCGGCCAAUUUCCAUGAAAGGAAAACUGGUCAGGAGAGCAUAAUAUGUAAUAACUGCUGUAAUAGUGCUGGUGCAAGGGAAGAGCAGAAUUUAGAUUUUUAGUCAGUCUGGAAUAUAUAUUUUAAUAUUUUAAAGUCAGUACAAUUGAUCAGAUUUGCUCUGAUGGUCAUUUGAUGAGUUAAUGUAUUUUAAGCACGCUACUGUUACAUGAUAGACAAAUGCAAGUGUGGAAUUUGAAAUGUACACUACCGUUCAAAAGUUUGGGGUCAUUUAGAAAUGUCCUUAUUUUUGAAAGAAAA